AUGCUACCCCUAUCGCUUUUACGUACCGCGCAGAACCAUCCUAUGCUUGUAGAGUUGAAAAAUGGUGAAACUUACAAUGGACAUCUAGUCAGUUGUGAUAAUUGGAUGAAUAUUAAUUUACGAGAAGUUAUUUGCACGUCUCGCGAUGGUGACAAGUUCUGGAGAAUGCCGGAAUGUUAUAUUCGUGGGAGCACAAUUAAGUAUCUCAGAAUCCCCGAUGAAGUGAUAGACAUGGUGAAAGAGGAAACACAAGUGAAAGCUAGAAGCCGCAACGAAGUGUCAAAGGGUCGCGGAGGUCAGAACAUGAGGACCGGUCGAGGUGGCAGUCGUGGGGCUUUUGGAAACAGGGGACGACCAGCACCAUUAAGGGGAGGUGGGGCAGGAAGGCCACAGAAUAAAAAUAAGAAGUAG